UCGAGUCUUCACUGGCCAUCGAUCAUAAUGUGUUCCAAACUUACGAUUGCCUUUCUGGCCUUUGCCGUAUUAGCGGUAGAAGUUCAUACAGGAAUAUCCCCCGUCAAACGAGAUUCAACCGACUCUCUUCAGUUGGUGAUUCUUUUGUUCCGUCAUGGAGGUCGAUCGCCUGCCAUCGGAUACCCAGCCGACCCCUACGCAAACUAUCCAUGGAUCGGAGGUCUAGGAGCACUGCAACCGAAAGGAACCGAGCAGACCUAUCAGCUUGGACAAAAUUUGCGCAAGCGUUACGGAUCUCUGCUGCCAUCAAAUGGUUUUUACUCGACCCAAAACGUCUAUGCAACCAGCAGUAGCGUUGAAAGGUGCAUCAUGUCUGCCCAAUCAAUACUGGCGGCCUUUUUGCGUCCCGAAUCUGACACCCUGGAUAUCCCGAUACGUUGGCAGCCAACCCCAAUCGUUACCAUUCCGGCCAAGGACGACUACAUUCUCCAACAAUCGCGACCCUGCAACAAAUUCAACCAAGAGUACGGACGUUUCAUGAUGAGUCCGACCGCUGAGUUCCAACCGCUGAACAACGAAUUCAUCUCCCAGUACGAUUAUCUGUCCAAGCACGCUGGCUUCACAGUGAACUCGUGGAUGACUGCCUUCGCAAUCUACGAUGCGCUGAUUGUGGAAAAUCAAAACGGACUAGCCCUGCCAGGAUGGUCAAACAGCGUAUUUCCGGAUAUAGCCGUUCGAGCCUACGGCGGUCUUCUGAGAAGCUUUACCUCGACCCCGGCGUUGAAGCAGUUGAAAGGUGGCGCUACCUUCACCGAAUUCCUUAAGAUUAUGAAGUCCAAACAAGCCAAAACGUUGAGCCCGGAUCGUUCGAUUUUCUUCUAUUCGGGUCACGAUCUAACCCAGGUCAGUCUGCUGGACGCCAUGGGAAUGUUGGAUCAAACUACGGAUCUGCCCGAAUACGCUUCGGCCGUGGCCUUCGAGCUGCACCAGAACCCCUACGUUGCGGGAGGGCUUGAGGUUCGCAUGGUGUACUACAAGAACUGGACCGUGGAGAAUCCGCAACAGCUGUCGAUUCCCGGAUGUGCGGCUCCGUGUGCUUUGAAUCAGCUGGAAGCUUCGAUGCAGGCUAUCAUUUUGGACAACUACGACGCUGCCUGCGCUUGAAUCGCUUUCGGAACUUUGACUCCCUGUUGUUUAGACAUAAUCGGAAUAUAAUGACGCACUUUUGUAUUAAUAAAAAUGUGAU